AUGUGGCCAGGGAUUGCAGUGCUCUGCCUGCUCGGGAUCAUGGACAUUGCCCAAACUUUACCUGUCUCCCAGGAGUCUCAGAUGAGCCAGGAAGACAUCCGAUUUGCCGAGGAGUACCUGAGGAGGUUCUACCACCUGAGGGAGGAGGGGGGCCGUCGCAGCAGGAGGGGCACGGCAGCGUUUGAGGACAGGGUCCGGAACAUGCAGGAGUUCUUCGGCCUGGAGGUGAGCGGGCGCCUGGACUCCCCGACGCUGGCGGUGAUGAGGAAGGCGAGGUGUGGGGUCCCCGACGUGGAGAACUAUGGCUUCUACCCUGACAAGCCCAGAUGGAAGAACCGCACGAUCACGUACAGGCUCGAGACGUACACCCCAGACCUGCGGAGGGAGGAGGUGGAGACGUCCUUCCGUCUGGCACUGAAGACGUGGAGCGACAAUGCGCCUCUCAAAUUCGUGAAAGUGGACCGCGGGGAGGCUGACAUCAUGAUCUCCUUUGGGUCCAAAGAUCAUGGGGACUUCUUCCCUUUCGAUGGCCCGAGGGGGGUGCUGGCCCACGCCUUCGAGCCAGGGGAGGACAUGGGGGGAGACAUCCACUUUGACGAGGAUGAGAUCUGGACAAUGGGGCGACAUAACCGUGGCUACAACCUGUUCACCGUGGCAGCUCAUGAGCUGGGGCACUCCCUAGGCCUGGCACAUUCCAAGGACCCCUCCGCCCUCAUGUACCCCAACUACAAAUACUACAACAUGGCCCGCUACAGCCUGCCAAUCGACGACAGGCUGGGAAUCCAGGCUCUCUACGGAUCCUACAGCACCAGGAAGCAGGAAACUCUGGCCACACCUGAGAAGUGCGACCCUGCCCUCUCCUUUGAUGCUGUAGCAGUGAUCGGGAAAGAGAUGGUGUUCUUCAAAAACAGGUACAUGUGGCUGAGGUCCACCUGGUUGGCCUAUUAUGACAGAGUAAGAGAAGGCCUCACCAGCUCAUAUCUGCCCAGCAUUCUCUCACCUGUGGACGCAGCCUAUGACAUCCCCACCAAGGGCGUGGCCUACAUCUUCACAGGUCCUAAAUACUGGGUUGUGCAACAGGUAAACAUGAAGAGCCAUUACGGCUCCAUAUAUGACUAUGGGUUUCCCAAGACAGUAAAGAAAAUCGACGCAGCUGUGCAUCUUAAAGAGUACAAGAAAACCUAUUUCUUUGUGGGGGACAUCUAUUACAGGUACGAUGAAGCCAGAAGUGCAAUGGACCCCGGAUUCCCGAGGAGUAUCGCGACCAACUGGUCGGGAAUCAAAGGGAAAAUAGACGCAGCUUUAGAACUAAAAGGCUACGUCCAUAUCUUCAGUGGUUCAAAGGCAUAUAAGUACGACUACAAACAGAGGCGUGUGCUGUAUUCGGUUAAAGCCAAUGCCUGGCUUGGCUGCUGA